AGUUUUAAUCAAACAAAAUUGUUCUAUCUCUUCUUUUUCUUUGAAAAAGAUUUCUUAGAGAUUUUUAAGAGAAUUGUGAAAAAAAUUUCAAAGAUCUAUAGAAUUUUAUCGUUUUACAAAAUCUUCUAUGAAUACAAAAAUAAUUAUUCUAAGAUUUUAAGUAUCUUAAUCUCUACAAUUUGAAAAACAUCAAGAAGUUUACAAAAAAAAAUAAGAAUAAAAAAUAAAUUAUAUUUUCCAACCUUAUGUGAUGGAAUGUUUCAAAUUUUGAUGAAAUUCUUCUUUUCCUCUCAUAUCUUUUAUACUUGAAAGUGUCAGUCAAGGUCGGUGGUGUUUUUCUUACAAUUUAUAAGUGUUUUUCCCGUUUUAUCAGCCAAAAUGUCAGCCAAUGAGAAGCUAAUACAGAAUCUUGAGACUCAGCUGGAUCGUCUGGUUUCGCAAUUAAAGGAUCUUGAGGAGGCAAAAGAUGAUUUGGAUGAGGAGGAAUUUGAGAGCAUUAAAGGGGACACAGUGGAGCAAAUAAAGGAAUUCAAUGAGCGUCUGGGACGUAUGAAUCAGGGUGAUGUCACGCUGGACAGCAAAUUGUCCCAGAUGAAACAGUCAAUCAGAAAAGCCAUUGCCACGUCUUUCAAUACGUUGGAAAUGAUAAAGAUGUUUGGAGAGCAAAAUGCGAGUGAGCUGGAGAAGCAAUUGCUGGCUAUUGAUGAAGAUUUUCGCCUCAGGAAAAUCCCCCAGGAGGUAAUGGAGACCAGGAAGUUGGACAUUUUGGAAAAGCUCAAAGCUCAGGGGUAUCCAUUGUCGGCCAAAGAUGGGGAAUUUAUUGAGAAGAUGGCCCAGAGGCAGCUUCAGGGUUUGGAGGAGAUCACAGACGACUGACCAAGCUCACCAAUUCCUUCCCCCAAGCUGGCCAUUUGCUACGCCUUCCCACCCCCACGUAAUCCUCAAUGAUGGGGGAGGCAUCAGCCAUGGAAAAAAAGCGGAAAAAUCGUCGUAUUAAUUUCACAUGCAGGAAAAUGUUGCUUUUUCUCUUUUUUCUCUCCUUCCGUUCCGUGUUCAGCCCCAAAACCCAAAUUCAUUUACAAUCGCACACGGGUGGGAGGUGAGAAAUAAAAGUCGCCACAGAGGAUGUCCGGCGGCAUGGGGGCGAGGAAUUACAAUUCUUCAAAUGAGAGCUUUUUUCUACUUUUCUACUUAUUUUGCUUUGGAAAAUUGAUGAGUGACCGCUAGGAGUACAAUUUUCCUUCACAAAUUGCAAUUUGGAGUAAAAAACGCAACAAAAUUACCAUAAAAACAUGAUUUAUUUAUAAAAUUUUGAAUAAAAAACAUUUUUUUUUAUUGAGAGCAUAAUUUUUUUUAAGAGAAAUAAAGAAUAUGUCCUAGUCAA